CCCAGGAGCACGCGCCUUCGAUCGUCUUCAUCGACGAGAUCGAUGCUGUCGCGACGAAGCGCUACGACACCACCAGCGGUGGUGAGAAGGAAAUCCAGGACACCGCACCAUGCUCGAGCUGCUGAACCAGCUCGAUGGUUUCGAUGACCGCGGAGAUGUUAAGGUGAUCAUGGCGACCAACCGCAUCGAGUCGUUGGACCCAGCCAUGAUCCGUCCAGGGCGGAUUGACCGCAAAAUCGAGUUCCCGUUGCCAGACGAGAAGACAAAGCGCCGCAUCUUCCAGAUCCAUACAGGCAAGAUGACGCUCAGCGAGGACGUUAACCUGGAGGAGUUUGUCGUCGCGAAGGACGACCUGAGCGGCGCGGACAUCAAGGCGAUCUGCACCGAGGCCGGCAUGCUGGCGCUGCGCGAGCGCCGGAUGAAGGUGACGCAGGCAGACAUGCGGAAGGCAAAGGAGAAAGCGCUCUACAAGAAGAAGGGCAACAUUCCAGAGGGCAUGUACCUGUGAGCCGGGCAGAGGCCUCCUCAUCCUCCUCUUCUUCCUCCUCCUCCUCCUCCUCUUCCUCCUCCUCCUCUUUUUGUUGGCUGCAGGCGACAAGGCCGAUCAGCUGCUGCGUUGGUGUCGCUGCUCUCACAUACCAUGGCAAGUCAAAGCAAUCGGUAUAUCCUCCUUGUCCGACUCCAUGGGCAGAUUCACCUCGCCAUGGCCAAGGUGUUCGACGCGCACGCGCAGGGCAUCACAAAGGUGGCCAGGCUUGCGCGCAACGCGGAUUCAUCCCCAAUAAGCUGAAGGAGCAAGUCAUGGACGUGGAUAUCACCUACCACGCCACGAGGCACUGGGAUGGCAAAAGGGUGCAGGGUUUCUACGACCUGGUGGGGACCACCAUGGAGGAGCAGCGAGAUGCGCGGGAGUUCCGCCGACCGGAGCGCCGUGCGCAGCUCCCCGAUCUCCCGGCCACUCGCCUGCACCUCACGCUCGGUCGCCGCGCCGCGAUGUGAGCGCAAGGA